AUGCUUGAUCACUCACGGCAAAGCGAGACUCAGUUCAUGACCGAAGUGGCGACUAUUGGAAGGAUUCACCACUUUUAUUUGGUUCGUUUGCUGGGGUAUUGCUUUGAAGGAGUUACUAGUGCACUCGUGUACAAGAAAAGAAAAAGAUCAAGUUCUGAAUUGGAAUCAUAUGUUGCGCCAGAGGUGUGGUCUAGAAAUUUGGGGCCUGUAACAGACAAAUCAGAUGUUUACAGUUUUGACAUGAUGUUAUUGGAGAUGGUGGGAGGAAGAAAGAAUAUCGAAGUACAGGUGAGCCGCUCAAGCCAAUUCUAUUUUCCAGAGUGGGCGUUCAAAUUGAUAGAGAAUGGGGAGCUGAGGACAAGGUUGAGAGAGAGAGAGAUAAGUGGAGCAGAUGAGGCGAAGGCAAGGAGUCUGGCAAAAGUGGGUCUGUGGUGUAUUCAGUACAAUUCGACGGACAGAUCUUCAAUGAUGAGGGUGCUUCAAAUGUUGGAAGGAGAUGCUGACGACAUCCCAAAUCCUCCGACUCCGUUCAGCACACGGCCGCCAUCGGCACCAUUCUCGGCUAGUGAAGAAUCGUCCACCAUUGAAAUCGAAACGGCAUAG